CAGAACACAUCACUCAGCAGCUUCAACAUGAAGGCUCUCAUUCUUCUGGCUCUGUUCGCUGUGGCUUAUGCUGCUCCUCUGGAUGAGGAUGACAAGAUCGUCGGCGGAUUCGAGUGUACUAAGAAUGGUGUUCCAUACCAGGUUUCCCUGAACAGUGGUUACCACUUUUGCGGUGGCUCUCUGAUCACCAACAACUGGGUUGUGUCUGCUGCUCACUGUUACAAGUCCUCUAUCCAGGUGCGUCUGGGUGAGCACAACAUUGACGUCUCUGAGGGCACCGAGCAGUUCAUCAGCUCGCAAAAGAUCAUCAGACACCCCAGUUACAACAGCAACACUCUGGACAAUGACAUCAUGCUGAUCAAGCUGGCCAGCACCGCCAGUCUGAACGGUUACGUUCAGACCGUCUCUCUGCCUUCAAGCUGUGCUUCAGCUGGUAGCGAAUGCCUGAUCUCUGGAUGGGGAAACAUGAGCGCCACUGGAAGCAACUACCCCAGCCGUCUGAUGUGCCUGUGGGCUCCUAUCCUGAGUGACACUACCUGCAGAAAUGCCUACCCUGGUCAGAUCACCUCCAACAUGUUCUGCGCUGGCUUCAUGGAGGGUGGCAAGGACUCCUGCCAGGGUGACUCUGGUGGCCCAGUGGUGUGCAGCAACCGGUUGCAGGGUAUUGUGUCCUGGGGUUACGGCUGUGCCCAGAGGAACCAACCUGGUGUCUAUACCAAGGUCUGCAACUACGUCUCCUGGAUCAACACCACCAUCAACUCCAACUAAGCUCCCACAGAUUUUUUGAACCCAUAAUCAUGGCAUGUUGCAAUAUCAUUUGGCAAACAUAAAAUAAACAUCUGACAAACAAA